AUCCAUUUCCCCUUUUAAAGUUUCAGAUUUUCUUUUUCUGGAUUCCUGUAUGCCGAAUCACCCCAUGGUUGUUUCUUGUACAACAAGCUCUUCUAUAUGCCAAAUUGCCAACCUUCUAUCGCUUUCUACACUCUUCAAAUCUUAUUGUGAGCGAUACCGCUGCUCCUAAUUCUGGUUUUCUUUGUAAGCUCAAAUGGCGUGGUACAGAAGAUCAAAACUAGGUUUUGAUGCAAUUUCCAGUUACUUCACCUCCAAAUUAACCGCUCCCAAAAGCACCAUCCGAAACGCAGGUUCUGUUUUUAACCAUAGUAAUCAAUUAAGUAAGCUUACUUCUAGUCCAAAUUACCCUCCUAGGGUUUCUAAAUUUUCUCUCUUUCCACCCGUAAAUGUCAAUAGAAGCUUAAACUCUCGAUUAUAUGCAACUGGUUAUAGAUAUUACUAUGUCGAUUCACGACAAGUUAGGCAUUUCAAGCCCCGCGGAUUCAGAAGAUGGUCUGAUGACCCUAAGAACGUUUUGAUAGUUGUGAUAGUGGGAUCGGGAGUUGGGUUAACCGUAUAUUUUGGGAAUGUUGAGACGAUACCUUACACAAAACGGAGGCAUCUUGUUUUGCUGUCGAAAAAUUUGGAAAGAACGAUCGGUGAGUCUCAGUUUAAGAACAUGAAGGCUGGGUUCAAAGGAAAAAUUCUACCGGCGAUGCACCCAGAAAGCGUUAGGGUGAGAUUGAUUUCAAAGGACAUUAUCGAAGCAUUGCAAAGAGGAUUGAAGAAAGAGCAAGUAUGGACUGACUUGAAUUACGCUUCUGAGAGUGGAGCUGCAUCGGAGAGUAGAGGGAAGGAGACUUUAAUGGCGAUGACAGAGGAGACUGGUGGAGGAGAGAAUUGGCCGGCAAAAGAUGAGGUUCUUGAUGAUAUGUGGGUGGAUCAAAGUCGGAAGAAGGGGAAAGAAAAGGGGGAAAAAUCGGCUACUGGUCAUUUGGAGGGGUUAAAUUGGGAAGUUUUGGUGGUGAAUGACCACGUUGUAAAUGCUUUUUGUUUGCCUGGUGGAAAGAUUGUUGUGUUUACAGGGUUAUUAGAGCACUUUAGAACUGAUGAAGAGAUUGCCACCAUCAUUGGGCAUGAGGUUGCACAUGCUGUAGCAAGACAUGCAGCUGAACAGAUUACAAAGAACCUCUGGUUUACAAUCGGGCAACUAAUUUUGUAUCAAUUUGUCAUGCCGGAUCUUGUAAACACCAUGUCAAAUCUUUUGCUUAAGCUUCCUUUCUCCAGGAGGAUGGAGAUUGAGGCUGAUUACAUAGGGUUGUUGUUGAUGGCUUCAGCUGGGUACGACCCACGGGUCGCACCAAAGGUAUUUGAGAAGCUGGGUCAAGUUUCGGGUGAUUCGGCAUUGCGGGAUUACCUUUCUACCCAUCCAUCUGGAAAGAGGAGAAGCAAAUUGUUAUCUGAGGCAAGUGUAAUGCAAGAAGCAGUUGCUAUAUAUCGAGAGGCUAUAGCAGGUAGAGAGGUUGAUGGUUUUUUCCUAUAGCUAUAGCUAAUGGUAUUCUAUUCAAACCAGAAACCACCACUCGUAAAUUUGUAAUAACAGAUGUUGUAAUUGAUGUCAUCAGAAAAAUCAGAAAAAAAAAAAAUAUAACUAAGGCACAACUUAUUCUCUUUCAAUUUACCUACAUAAAAAUCAGAAAAAAAAAAUUAGAACAAAUGUAAAGAGGCAUAAAUUUUGAAAAACAACACCAAAAGAAGUAUCACUAAGGCACAACUGAGGAGAAACAAGAAAUAGUUUGAUAAUCAAUCCUAUGAAGCCAAAAAGAAGGUACCUCGAAAACAGAAACCAAUGAAAAGCAAUGUAAAAUGUCAAUAGGUUGGAAAAAAAAAAAAAAAAACA